GGACCCGUAAGAACUGUGUGGUUAGCUAGAAAUGAUUUAUUUGAAAAAGUCUUUAGCCCUUCUACAAAUAGUGCAUUUCUUAUUCGUGCAGUAUCAAAUUCUGGCCUUGAGGAAUUUAAUACUACUAAGAUUGGUAUGACUUUUAAUAACGAUUUAAAGGAAUGGUCUUAUAAUCGCAAAUUUAUGAAUAAGGCUAUUAUGUCACCUAAUUUCAUUAAACAAGUUGUUGAAGGAACUCAAGAUAUUUUUGAAGGGAUGGAAAAAUGUUGGCAAAGUCUUUGGAAAAAUCUUGGAAAUGAUCAAAUUUUUGAUAUACAGAAAUGGAUAUUACUUGCUACUUCCGAAUCUAUUAUUUUUUUGACCUCACACAAAAAAGCUUAUUCUGUAAUCGAUUAUCAUAACAAGUUAUUACCUACCAAAAAAUUUGAUACCCCUGUUGGUGCAAUAGAAGAAUCUGAAAAUUAUAUUGCUAGAAUAAGAAACUAUAUUAGAGCUUUGGAAUUUUUUUUUACCACCCCAAAAAUUAUUCGAAUUCUUCCUGGUGUUCGACAAUAUGCUCGAAGUUUGAUUAAUAAUAGAGAUUUGCUAUACAAAUAUUUAACUAGAAUAAUUCAGGAACGCAGAAAAGAGAUCGAAAAAACUUCUGAUAAAGAAUCUUUGACAUCAGAUUUAUUAACAUUAUUCUUGACUGCUAAUACAUCUCUCGAUAUAUCGAAUGUUUCUGAUGAAAUGCAUACUGAACCUAUGACCGACGAACAAAUUUGUGGCAAUUUCAUUGAAGUUUUCGCCGCUGGAACUGAUUCAGUCGCAAAUAGUAUUACUUUUAUCAUCUAUUAUCUGGCACAUUAUCCUAAAGUAAAAGAACGUGUGGUUAAAGAGUUAGAAACUGUCUUUGGACAUGAUUCAAAUUAUCGUUUCACUUCAGAAGACUUGACUAAAUUAAAAUAUUGUGAAGCUGUUAUCAAAGAAGUUUCAAGAAUUUACCCUUCAGCUCCAACAACUUUUCGUACAUCAACUAAACCUGUCGAAAUAGAUGGACACCUUUUUCCUGCAAAUUUGCAAUUUUUCAUUUAUAUUGAGGGUGCUAAUAACCAUCCUCAACAUUGGACUGAUCCAAACACCUUCAAUCCAGACCGAUUUCUUGAUGGUUCAAAUAAAACUAUCAACACUUUUGGUGGUGGAUUACGCAUGUGCCCAGGUCGAAAUUUAUCUAUAAUAGAAAUCUUAAGUUUUAUGGUCUUGUUGUACAGAAAGUAUGAUAUUGAGCUAGUUGAUAUGAACGCUCCUAUUAAGUAUAAUUUUAAUAUUAUUAGGCAAUGCGUAAAAAUGGAUACUAGAAUAAUUCCUAGAAAAUUUGAGUAA